AUGUUAGUAUUGUUCGAGACCGCGGCUGGCUAUGCUAUCUUCAAGGUCCUCGACGAGCAGAAGCUCCAACAGGUGGACAGCCUGUGGAAGGAGUUUGAAACGCCAGACAAAGCCAACAAAAUAGUGAAGUUGAAACACUUUGAAAAGUUUCAGGACACAACUGAAGCUCUGGCAGCGGCCACUGCUUUGGUGGAGGGGAAGCUCGGGAAGAGUCUCAAAAAAGUCUUAAAGAAAGUGGUGGCCAAAGACGCUCAUGAGCAGCUGGCAAUAACAGAUGCUAAACUGGGAGGGGUCAUCAAAGAAAAGCUGAACCUGAGCUGUGUACACAGCCCUGCAGUGGCUGAGCUCAUGAGGGGCAUCAGGUAUCAGAUGGAGGGUCUUAUCACCGGCCUUCCUCCCAGAGAGAUCAGUGCCAUGUCACUUGGUCUUGCACACAGCCUCUCUCGGUACAAGUUGAAGUUCAGCCCAGAUAAGGUGGACACCAUGAUUGUUCAAGCUAUAUCUCUCCUCGAUGACCUGGAUAAAGAGCUGAAUAAUUACAUCAUGCGCUGUCGUGAGUGGUAUGGCUGGCACUUUCCUGAACUAGGCAAGAUCAUCACAGACAACCUGGCGUAUUGCAAGAGUGUCCGCAAGAUUGGUGACCGCACAAACGUGGUGAACACUGACCUGUCUGAGGUGGUGCCAGAGGAGAUUGAGGCAGAGGUCAAACUGGCUGCGGAGAUCUCCAUGGGAACAGAAGUUUCCGAGGAGGACAUCCACAACAUCAUGCACCUAUGUGACCAGGUGAUCGAAAUCUCAGAGUAUCGCUCUCAGCUGUAUGAUUACUUGAAAAACCGCAUGAUGGCCAUCGCACCAAAUCUCACAGUUAUGGUGGGAGAGCUGGUGGGAGCCCGCCUCAUCUCUCAUGCUGGUUCACUGCUGAACUUGGCAAAGCACCCUGCAUCCACAGUGCAGAUUCUAGGGGCAGAGAAAGCUUUAUUCAGAGCACUGAAGACCCGGAGGGACACACCAAAAUACGGUUUGAUCUACCACGCCUCCUUGGUGGGUCAGACCACAGCCAAAAACAAGGGCAAGAUAUCCAGAACGUUAGCAGCCAAGACAGCCUUGGCCAUCCGCUAUGAUGCUCUGGGUGAAGACACGAAUGCUGAGAUGGGAUUGGAGAACAGAGCCAAGCUAGAAGCUCGACUGCGGCAGCUGGAGGAGAAAGGAAUCAGACGCAUUAGUGGAUCAGGCAAAGCUCUGGCUAGAGCAGACAAGUAUCAGCAUAAGAGUGACGUCAAAGUGUACGAUCCAUCUGGCGACUCUACGCUCCCCUCUGUGUCCAAGAAGAGGAAGAUAGAGGAAGUGGAGGAGGCGGAGGAAGAAGACAAGCCAGUGGAGGUUAAGGCCAAAAAAGUAAAGAGAGAAAUUCCAGCAGAAGAAACUGAAGAGGCUGCCGAGGCAGAAACAGAGACGCCCAAGAAGAAAAAGAAAAAGAAGGUGAAACAUGUGGAGGGGCCCAUGGUAGAGGAAGAAGAGGUGAUGGUCAGUCUAGUAGAAGAGACCACAGAGAAGGAGGGAAAGAAGAAGAAAAAGAAGGAAAAGAAACGUGAGGCUGAGGAAGAGGAACCAGAGACAGUAGUCAGUCCUACAGAAGAGACAACAGAGAAGAAGAAGAAGAAAAAGAAAAAAGCUAAAGUGGAGGAGGGAGAAUAAACAGAGGACAGCCACCUGUUUUUGCUCAAUAUUUUUGUUGUAUACGAACUCUUCUACGUCUUGUUUUUGGAUGUCAUGUGAUUGCCACAUGACUGCCUGGACUGUUUCACACCGACCAACUGCAAAGGACUGGUAUUUUUUUAAGCAAGAGACGAUUUCAUAAUUUUUAACUAUGAGAAUUCCUUCUUUUCAUAGCUCAGUUUAAAAAGAGAAGUAAUUUGAUGUCUCACUCCUUUGUAGAGCCGUUAGCACCUCUGAUACAUACUGAAAGCUAUGCAGGGCUGUUCAGUUUGUGUACUGUAAUUACUUUGGUUUGAAGAGAAUGCAGAUGAAAGGGUUUAAUUUCAUUGUCAUGAAACGGCUGAAGUUGAGUGAGAGAAAGACGUCCACUGUUGGAUUCAAUCAUUAAAUGUGUAUUUCUUUUGUCUUAA